GCUCACCACCUUUAUUUGGACGGAUCUUAUUUCUCUGAAGGACGACAGUAUCUGUUUCUGCGCUUCGCCGGUACUAGUGAACUUGCACUACAAGAUCAAAAAGCUGUAACCGCCGCAGCAGCCCUGCACCUGCUGCGUGUGGCAAUGCACUUGGAUGAUCAAACUGCUCCUACCACCUGUUUUGUUUCUGUAGCGAUGGAUUAGUAUUCUAGUACCUCGAGAUGAUGACUCAACAUUUUUUGGUAACCACUUAAUUUUUGAUUUCUUCACGCUCUUGACCAGCGACAGUAACACUAUGUCUGGGAAGUUUUUUUUGAACAUUGUUUUUUAUUUUUCCCCGCCCUAAAUGUUGUUUCCAACGACCCCAACCUGACACAGAAGACUCGACUUUUACGACAACAUCAAGCCUCGUAUGAGUUCUUGUGUCGCUGUUCCAAUUUCAUCAAGUAGUACUAGUAGCACGAAUCACUAGUUGUAAAUAACUUCGAACAUCAUCAUUUCAAAAUGGAGCGUGAAGGCCCCCGCGGUCCUCGGCGAAAUAACGACAAUUACCGCAACCAGCGCGAACGCGACGGUGACAGGAGGGAUCGUCGUUCGCACGACCGUCCCACAAACCCGCUUUUACAGCUGGAGGACAUCCAUUUCCAAGAGAGCCGAGAUACAACCAACAACAACACUUCCGCCGACACAAUCCACCCCUGGAAGUUCGAUGAGACGUCAUCUUUACCCAUUUUGCGCCAAAUUACGCGGCUGCCGAUUCAAGAGAAGAAGAAGGAAUUCUUGCUCGCGGUGGAGGAAAACGAUGUGGUUUUGCUCAUCGGCAGCACCGGGUGCGGGAAAAGCACGCAACUGCCGCAGUUUCUGCUCGACGCGGGGUAUAAUACUAGUACAACUGGCAGCACGUCCUCCUCCAGCAAGAGUUUUAGCAGCACAAAUGAUUCCUUGAAGUUCCCAUCCAUCGCCGUCACCGUCAGCCGUCGGUUAGCCGCGUUGCAGCUUGCGGAAAGAGUCGGUGCGGAGCGGGAAGCGAUUUCCGAGCACGAGUAUGGGGCGAGUCGAGGCAGAAAUAAUUGUGAUAAGAGUCAGCUCGACCAAAAAUCCUUCUUCGAAUCCGACUCCGUCGCCUACAAGGUCCGCAACGAAACCGCUUUCACUUGGCGGAAUCCGAAGGGAACCAGUGUAGAAACGGAAAUAAACGAGUCGAACCUGUCCCCGGGGAUUGUGUUCCUCCUAGAUGAAAUUCUCCUCCAGGAACUGGUCCACGAUCCGCUUUUACUGAAUUAUUCCGUGAUCAUCCUCGACGACGCGCACGAGCGCACGGUGGCGCAGGACUUGCUACUUGGGAUGUUGGUGAAGAUCAAGAAGGUGAGAAAAAACGAUUUGAAAAUCAUCAUCACCUCCGCGACGUUGGACGUGACGGAGUUUGUCGGGUAUUUGGAGAAGUGGAACGAAGGGAUAAGAAUUAGCCAGGAGUUGGUAAAGGACCAGAUGCUGCAGGAGAUGGAGUUGGUGUCGGAAGAAGAGGGAGAUGAUGAAAGAAAUCAGGCGCAAGGGAGUCCUCGUGCUGGUGCUGCAACUUCAUCAUCUUCCUCUGCGCCGAUCAGAAAGCGGCGAAAAGUAAAAGCGUCGAACAAAGUCUCGGGGUUCGAUGUGGGGAGCGGGAAUCUAGAAGAAUUGGAGGACGCGAAGCGGAAGGAAAAGUUGCAUGAGGAGUUGCAGAAAGGAACAGGGUUGCACGCCGCGAAGCAAGAAGGGACAAGUGCAGCAGCUUCAACCGCCCUGCAGCCUCUCUCCUACACGGUCCUCUCCUGCGAAGGAACGAGCUUUCCGGUACGGGUGAAAUAUCUCGAGGAGCCGUGCGGAAACUACUUGGAAAAGAUUGUGGAGGUGUGUAACGAGAUUUUGUUCCCAUCUAGCACUGACGAUAACACAGGCGCUGCUGCUGGCAAGAAAACCAAAGACGGCGACAUUUUGUGUUUUGUCACGGGGGCGGAUGAGGUGCACGUGUGCUUGCAGCUGUUGAAAGAAGAGUUUUCCGAGUACGUUUUGACAAAAGAAGACCUCUAUGAGGAGGAAAUUGCGCGGGAGGAGCGGGAAAGAAACCGAGACCACCAUGGACGGAGAAGAAGGUCGGACUCCAGAGAAGGGAAUCGUCGCGGUGGUGGUGAUCCUCUACGUUCAAAUCUACAUGAGAAAAAAUUCCUCCGCGUCUGCGGCCUCUACGCGGGGAUGAGCUUUGACGAGCAGUUGGAAGCCUUCGCGGUUCAUAAUGAGGAGUCAGGGUACAGUUCCGCAACGAAGAUCCGAAAAAUCAUCGUGAGCACAAAUCUAGCAGAAACAGCGGUCACCAUCCCCGGGAUCCGCUUUGUCAUCGACUGUUGUUUCGUCAAACUUCCCUGCUUCUUCCCGCCUAUGAAUUGCAAAUGAUAAUGAAUCGUACUCGUAUAAAUGCAUUACAAAUUUUCUCAGCAUGAUGACAAGUGAAAUUGGUAAUGCGGAUAUACCUUCAGAAAAAGACUUGUAAUGCAUGACUGCAAUUACUACGAGUGCGAUACUUUUGCAGUUCAUACCGCCAACCAUGCGGCAAAUGUUCACCACCGGAGGGACGAAUAUUCCGAUCACGUACAAGACGAUCAUCCCCUGUGCCCAAUCGAACUGCGACCAACGGGCGGGCAGGGGGGGAAGAGUGGAGGGAGGCGGGUACUGCUACAGGUUAUGCACGAAGGAGGAGUUUCUGGAGCAGAGAGGUAUUGCUAAAACCGAUGUAGAUGGUGCUGGAAUUAUGGAGAAUCCGAAAAAUCCAGACGGACUUGAAAACGAAAGUGCUUUAUCGACGAACCAAAAAAUCCCGCCCGCGAUUCUCCGGGAGGACUUCACAUCCAGCCUCCUGCGGUUGAAAUCGUUCGGAAUCGACCAGGUGUGUCAGACGCAGCAAGCGCAGCAAAAGCAGUUGGAGCAACGUAAUAUGACAGGAAGCAUCAAUCAGCAGCACAGCAACCAAAACAGCUUCCCCUUCCUCACUCCGCCGACGAAAGAGGGCUUAGUGUACGCACUACAAACUCUCCACAAACUCAAUUUCCUCGACGCCAACGCGAGAUUAACCCAACCGUGGGGAAUCCUCGCCGCCCAGGUAUUCGCGAUUGUGCCGAAUUUACACUUGGUGAAAUUUCUCUUCGCUGUGAUCGAGGCGGAAUUUUGGUCGGCGGAUAGGAUUUGCCGGUUUACAAUCGAAGGUCAGAAAAUGAAUGCAGACGGUAGUACGGCUGAAGAACCCGACGGGAAAUACGACAAGCACGGAUUUCUGAAGAAUCCCGACGACGCUAAUGCAGAGGAUGAAGAAAACAAUGACCAACAAGGCCUGGAUUUCCUCACUACCGACGAUAAGAAGAAAAAGCAAAAGAAAAACCGGGAAAACCCGAGAGUGAAGAAAGAGGAGUUUGAAAAGAAAAAACAAGCACUGUUGAACUCCACGACGACACCCAAAAAGGAACUCGACAGAAUCCUCACCGAAUCGGACAAUUUACUCCCGCACUGCCUCACCAUUCUCGCGAUGGUCUUACACCAAGCUACGUCAACAUCAAACUCCGUUUUUCAAGAAUCCCACAAGUCCAAAGCAAGGCUGCUCGCCUGCAAGCAGUCUUUGGGGGUGAAAGAAGGGGAUUUGAUCUCAUUACUAAACGUCUAUUACCAGUGGGAGGAUGAGCACGGGGGAGAAAAUACCUCCAGCGGCAUAUCAAAUGCAAAUAUGUCGGGGUCUGGAAGAAUGCAGGGGUUUGUCAUGCAGAUUUUGCAUGACCCAUGAGGUCUGUGAUGCAGGCCCUAGCAUCAGAGAUUUUGCGAAUGCUUUCUGAUGCUCAUACCGCAUGAGAAAUGCCCUCUCCACGUAGCACAAAUGACACCUCUUGUGCUAUUCAUGCAAUACAGCUUUUAUGUAGAGUCCAAAGGUAGCGUCACAAGUUGCAUCCUUCCAGACCCAGACAACUUUCCAAUCCAUACGGCAACCAGAAGAACAAGGACAGCACGGAGUUUUGCAACAAAUAUCUGUUAAAGAAGCAAGUCCUGAUGCAGAUUGCGAGUAUGCAUUGCAAAAGUAACGUACUAGCAUAAAUUGCAUUACAAAUUUUGGCAAGAAGAAAAGUGGGAUUUGUAAUGCUGUUUCACCUUAGGAGGAAGAUUUGUCAUGCAUAUCUGCAAUUACUACGAGUGCGAUACUUUUGCGCAGCAUAACAAGGUUGAGAAGACAGUUGACGAGUUUCGUCGUGACAAAACUACUUAUCAACUGUAAAAAUGUCUGGGUCUGGAAGAAUCCAACUUGUCAUGCUGAUUUUGGAUUCUAAAAAAAAGUGUAUUGCGUGAGCAGCAAGAGGCGUCCAGUUUUUGCUCUGCGGAGAGGGCAUUUGUCAUGCGGACAGGCAUCAAGAUACCGGCAAAAAAUCUGUCAUGCUGGGUCUCGCAUUCCAGACCUCAGGGGUCAUGGAAAGCAUGCAUCACAAAUCUUGCAUUCUUCCAGACCCAGACAUUUUUACAUUUGAUACUACUCCCGGAACUGUUAUUCGCUGAUAUCAAACUCUUCCCGGACAAGCACGCGAAGGUUAAGUACAGCGACAUGCUCCGGAAGCUCUCCGUCUCUGACAACGUUACCCUCGCGAAACAACUACCGCUCUUAUCACCGGAAAAACGACAGUUGGAGGAGUUGCAGAAGUGCGUCGCGAAGUCAAUGUUCAUGAACUGCUGUGUGAAGACGCAGGAGGGGAACUACAGCUCAGUUUUCUCCGCCGGAAACGCGAGCAAAAUCGGGGGCUCGCGGACUGCGUUCACAAAGUUCAAAAUUGACCAGCAGUCCUUUUUGUUUGACCCGGCGAACGGGAUCAGCACGUAUCCAAAUUGCGUCGUGUUUCUGUCCUGUAACACGACGAGCGCGGGAAGCGGACAGGGAGGUGGACAGUUAGAGCACUUUAUCCAACACGUCACGGCAAUCGAUCCGAACUGGUUAAGCGAAAUCGCGCCCACUGUGUUUGAAGAUUCGAAUGCGAGAGCCAGGGAGGGGAUUUUUGGAACCAGGAUGCGGGACGAUGUCGGCGGAGGGAUGGAAGAUUGAUGAAGAGAGAAGUACGUACAACUGUUGUGAUUGUUAGUAGUACUGGCCGUGAACAAGUAGAACAUCUAUGGUCGUUACGCAGCAAGACUAGUACUGCGACUUGUUACUGGCGGAGUCACAGUACACAAGGAAGUGACGGGUAGCACUGAAACAAGACAAACAAUGAA